AUGUAUGGUGAUAAUUAUGAUAGCAGUUUUGAUGAUGAUCAAUUCAACAGGGACGAGAUACUUGAAGAGCGUUACAAUAAGAGAAGAAAAAUGAAGGAAUAUCUGCUGAAAUGGAAGGGAUACAGCAGCAUGAACAAUGUUUCGAAACUGAAAGCUGAUUUGGAGUAUGAUGCGCUGGUAUCCGACUAUAGUUUUCAAAACAAGAAGAAGAAUAAGAAAUCAAAAUCAAAGAGAUCACAGUCGGGCGCAUCUGGUUCGGGCUUUAUCGGGAAAUCAACUUAUACAGUUCUACGUCAUGGUGGUCCGGAUGGUCUCGUGGAUGAGGUUAAACUUACUCGUUUCCAAACCAAGGAAGCGAAACAACACGCUUUUGAGAAAGAAGGGGUAGAGAACCACGGUUCUGACGCUUCAGACGAACGUAGCGAUGAAGAUAGCAAUGACUGGCCUAAAAUGCAUCCACAGCCACGCGAGAGUGGAAUAAAGAAAGGCUGGAUUCCGGAAUCAGUCGUGCCAACUCCCAUGGUAGCGGAUUUGUGUGAGCGUCAUUCGGAUGAUGAGAGCGGAGCAUCGAACGAUGACAAACCGCUGGUUUAAUUUUGGCGCUGUUAAACAGCCAAUGCCAAAUUACUGAAG